UCAGCAACUUUUAGUGGAACUGUGAUAGUACGGUGGGCAUUUUGACACUGGCUAUGUAACACUGACAUGACCAGGGACACUAAUACAGUGAUCAGUGCUAAUAUAAUGCACUGACACUGUACUAAUGACACUGGGCAGGAAGAGGUUAACAUCUAAGACAAUCAAAGAGUUAACUGUGUGCCUAACUAUAUGUAAGGUUGUGUGAUGUGUAUGUUUUUACAUUGUAUGCUGGGUGUGUGUUUGACUUGGAAGACAUGCUGCUUUGUAUCUCUCUGCUGUGCAUGUGUUUACAUGCAGGUCUCUCCCCUCUCAGCCCUGCCAAUGAUCACCGAGAAUCGCCAGCCAGGACCUGGUGAUUGACUCCUCCAUCAGCCAAUA